CUGCUCGGUCUGCUGUCCUGCUGUCGUGUACAGCAGCUAGCAUUCGGGAGCCGGGCUGACUGCGAAGUUAGCAAGCCUGGGGGGAGUGGAGGUGCUGUGUUCAGUCAACAGGUUUUUAGUUUCCAGGCGGAAGGGAGGCCUUUCCGUGCGCCCUGAUUCAGGAGCCUGGUGUUGGAAGAUGCCGAGUCGGAAGUUCGCCGAUGGGGAGGUGGUGCGGGGCCGCUGGCCUGGGAGCUCACUCUACUAUGAAGUUGAAGUUCUGAGCCACGACCACAGCUCCCAGCUCUACAUCGUGAAGUACAAGGACGGGACUGAACUUGAGUUGAAGGAGAGUGACAUCAAGCCUUUGACUUCCUUCAGGCAAAGGAAGAGCGGCUCAAGCUCCAGCUCACCAUCCAGACGCCGGGGGAGUAGGUCACGGUCGCGCUCCCGAUCCCCAGGCCGGCCCCCCCGGAGCUCCCGCCAAUCCACUUCUGCCUCGCGCCACGCCACCGCCGACCUGAGGGAGAUGAGGAAGGAGGUGCUGGAAGUGAAGCUGACCCCGCUGGUGCUGAAGCCAUUUGGAAAUAGCAUCAGCAGAUACAAUGGACAGCCUGAGCGCACCAAGAGGGAUGGCACACCUCCCAGGAGCACUCAGGAAAAAUUCCAUCUGUUAGAAGAACGUAGUUGUGUAUCUACACAGUAUAGCCUUCGGCCCAGAAGAGAAGAGAUCAAAUUGAAAGAAAUGGAUUCUAAGGAAGAAAACGUUGUUUCCACAAGACGACCUGUCUCACUGCAAACCUCUGAGGCCCCAGCCGUGCAGACCAGGGCCCUAGAAUUUAGGGGCGUCCCUGGUAGGCCAGCUGCGCAGACCAGGGCCCUGGAGUUUGGGGGCGUCCCUGGGGUGCUCCUCGUCAUGCUGGGCCUGCCCCCCUUCCUUGUCCUGCUCCUGCUGAUGGGCCGACAGCAGGAGCCUGGUCUCCGCAGCUUCCCGCCUCCGUUGCCCACCUGGCAGGACUUGUGGGAAACCAGAGUGUUCGGAGUCUACGUCCUCUGGGUUUUCCUGCAGGCUCUGCUCUACAUGCUGCCGGUUGGGAAGGUUGUGGAAGGAAUGCCUCUUGCUGAUGGAAGGAGGCUCAAGUACAGAUUGAAUGGGUUCUAUGCUUUCCUCCUGACAUCCGCAGCGGUGGGGACAGCUGUGUACUGGGGCGUGGACCUGCACUACGUGUACAGACACUUCCUGCAGUUCGCACUGGCCGCUGUCGCCUUCGCCCUGGGCCUGAGCGUCUACCUAGCGGUGCGGGCGUCGAGGGUGCCUCCCAGUGCCCUGGCCCCCGCCAGCUCCGGAAAUGCCAUCUAUGAUUUCUUCAUUGGCCGUGAAUUGAAUCCUCGGAUCGGUACUUUUGACCUCAAAUACUUUUGUGAAUUGCGCCCAGGAUUGAUUGGAUGGGUGGUGGUGAACCUGGCGAUGCUUCUGGCUGAAGUGAAGCUGCAGAAACGAGCUGCCCCAUCCUUGGCGAUGAUUUUGGUUAACGGUUUCCAGCUCCUGUACGUGGUGGACGCUCUUUGGAACGAGGAAGCAUUGUUGACAACCAUGGACAUCACCUAUGACGGGUUUGGCUUCAUGCUGGCAUUUGGAGACCUCGUGUGGGUUCCCUUCGUCUACAGCUUGCAAGCCUAUUACCUGGUCGGCCACCCAAAUGAUGUGUCAUGGCUGAUGGCUUCUCUGAUUAUUGCCCUGAAGCUUUGUGGAUAUAUAAUCUUCCGAUGUGCAAAUUCUCAGAAAAACUCAUUCCGGAAAAAUCCCACAGAUCCAAAGCUCGCACACUUAAAAACCAUUCCUACUUCCACGGGAAAGAACCUCCUGGUGUCUGGAUGGUGGGGCCUUGUUCGCCACCCCAAUUACCUGGGCGACCUCCUCAUGGCGCUGGCGUGGUCCCUCCCCUGUGGUUUCCGUCACGCCCUGCCCUACUUCUACGUGGUCUACUUUGCCGUCCUGCUGGUGCACCGGGAGGCGCGCGACGAGCGCCACUGCCGCCGGCGGUACGGCCUGGCCUGGGAGCAGUACUGCCGGCAGGUGCCGCACCGCAUCCUGCCCCACGUGUACUAGCGCCCCGCCCCUGCGCCCAGCCUUCCCCGUGCACAGCCCGGAGAAGAUUCCAGAGCCAGUCCUCAUCCCUUGCACUGACGGGAUCCGAGUUUUCUUUCUGAGUCCAGACUGUGGGGCCCGGCGGUCUUCACACAGCCACGCUUGUGGUCACUCAGUCUAACACCUGACGCAGGAGCAGGCGUUGUUGGGAUUUGUACUGGGAAAUGGGCCGUCCUUGAAAUUCUGGGAACACAAGGUGUACACGUGCACGGAGGAGAAUCCCGGUGACGUCCGCGGGUCUCGAGGACUUUUCCAGCUGUGAUUUUGUUUUGUCCUCGUGUUUAAGUGAGGCCAGCCACCCCAUCGAGCCCCAUCCACGUCUCUGAAGAGAAUCUGCACCCAUUGGCUUUUGAAUCACAUCAUUCACUGGCGGUGGGGUUGACGGUGGACUCGGGUCCCGCGUCCAGUGCUCUCUGAGCAGGGACGGGGCCGUUCGCAGAUGCCGACGGAGGCCCUUGGCGGUUCCCUCACCCUCAGCUUUUGCAGCCGUGCUGGAAAGUGUAAGUACAUAGAUUUUAUGUAAUAUAUGGGGACCACAGAGUUUUCUGUACAGUAUUUUGAAUGUGAAAUAAGCGUUAGGACUAAGUAUCUUUUUAACGAAAACAUUUGCAGUAUUUUAAAUUAAAUUAAAAAUUGUGAAACCAUUAGAAUUCACUUAACGUUGUGUAAAAGAUGCUGGUAAGGCCGAGGAAGGCUGUUUUCCUCAACCCAGGGCUGGCGGAUUUCGCUUUGCUACCUCACAUGCAGGUGUCUGUUUUGCCUUUAUAAACUGUUGCAAAUAGGGGAAAAAAUUGAAUAUAUAUUUUUGGAGUAACAGCACUAUUUAAACAUUUUUACACAGAUUGGUUUUUGAAAACUUGCCAUUUCAGGCUAAUAUUUUUGUAUGUUUUUGACUUUUUUAAGAUAAAACUGGUGAGGCCAUGCUGUUUGUACUGUAUUCCACACGUCCCUUCUCCAAGCACUCCUGGCAGGCAAGGAGGCGCGGCGUCUUUAAAAGCCUGUUUAUCCACAAAUAAUUUAAGGGAGGAGUCUCUUUAGUGCAGUUUUAGUUUACUUUAAUAGAUGUGCGUAGGGCGGCCGGCGCCGGGAAGCUCUGCUUGGUGUUGUCUGCUCAUCAGUCAUCCUGUGGCGGAGCAGCAGCCGUGCUGAAAGAGCGUGUUCCGAGCUCAGUCGUGCUCGGGGUCCUGACCCCGGGGGCUGACGGGAGUGGGUUUCGGACACGGAUACAGCUUGUAGACGAGACACAGGGGCGUGGCCCUGGGCGCCGUGUGUGACUUUGCUGCCUUAGCGUGGUGGCGUUGGCGGCUCUGGCACCCUCGCCCUGUGGUCUUCCGGUGUGUUCGUCGUAUGGACGUAAGCAAGCAGCUUUUGUUACGCUUUUCUCCUGUAUCGGAAAGAGUGCCCCAUCCUGUACUCGAUUCGCCAGCGAAGCUUGGGGAGGAAGGAGGAUAUUUAAGUCUUUCUCUGGUUAAAAAUGUAAAAAGAGCCUUUACCACAGUGCUGCAGUUUCUGGAUAUCAGCUAAGAUUUGUUUUUAAUUUGUUUUUGUUUUUGUUUUUCACAUGUUUGGUAAGUUUUAUAAUGAAGUUUUUAAGUUGGAAAUAAAGUUGGAAAUAAAA